AUGGGGGAGGGAGGGCUGCCGUGCAGCAGGAACUGUGCAGACACACACACGGGGAUCUAGGGACAGCAGCCCCUUGCAUUGGGAUCUAGAGCCACAGCGCGACAGAGAGUUGAAGGAAAAACCUCAUCUAAACACAACACAAUGGCAGACAAAAUCAAAGACGCUAAGAUCAUCUUCGUUGUGGGUGGGCCUGGCUCUGGAAAGGGCACCCAGUGUGAGAAGAUAGUUGUAAAGUAUGGCUACACCCACCUGUCAUCUGGGGAUCUGCUCCGUGCUGAGGUGGCUUCUGGCUCUGAGAGGGGCAAGCAGCUCCAGGCCAUCAUGCAGAAGGGAGAGCUUGUGCCCCUGGACACAGUCUUAGACAUGAUUAAGGACGCCAUGAUCGCCAAGGCUGAUGUCUCCAAGGGCUUCCUUAUUGAUGGCUACCCCCGUGAGGUGAAGCAGGGCGAGGAGUUUGAGAAGAAGAUCGGCAAACCCUGCCUGCUGCUGUACGUCGAUGCUAAAGGUGAGACCAUGGUCAAGAGGCUUUUGAAGCGCGGCGAGACCAGCGGACGUUCCGACGACAACGAGGAGACGAUCAAGAAGCGCCUGGAUUUGUAUUACAAAGCAACUGAGCCAGUCAUCGCUUUUUACGAGGGUCGUGGCAUUGUCAGGAAAGUGGACUCUGAGCUGCCAGUCGAUGAGGUCUUCGGCCAAGUCUCAAAGGCUAUUGAUGCACUGUAGUAAAACAACGUAACUGAGCUGUGUCUGGUUCUUGCCGUUUUAUUUUUCUGAUGUUUAACCAUUUUUUAAAAAGGACAAAACAUGAACAACAGAGUUGGUGCCCUCCUCCACUCUGCCAGGGUAAAAACCCAGAGGGCCUUUAAGGAUCAACAACGCCUUAACUCUACUCCUAUGAAGCAAAAGGCGUAGACAGUCUGAAGCUCAAGCUACUAUGAAUCUUAUAGCAGCAUAUGGAGAAGCAUUUGUUACUAAACACAAGUAUUGAUUCCAUUCUGUGCUCAACAUGUAUGUUGAUGUAUCCAAGAGACAUUUAAAAUAUUAUUAUAUACCGUAGCUUUUUAAUCUUUGAGGCAUCAUGCUCACUUUGGGGAAAACCUGCACUUUUAACAAUCCUUUCCCCAUCUCUAACCCCGUCUUUAAGAGUCCAUGGGAAAAUAAAAGAAACCUUUAUGAUUGUGCCAUUAAACAAUGGUAGUGCUCGACCACCAUGGACACAGUGGGGAAACAUCUGCCCACGUGUGCGUUGACAGAUCUUUAAUUUUUAUUUUUUCUAUGGAUUCCAUACAUUUACAACUUUAUCAAAGCACAUAAAUGAUCUCGUUCUUUUUAUCAAGAUGUACAUGCGUCUUUAAAGUGGUAUAUGUGACAAAAAGAAAAUUAAAGUUUAAGGAAAACAAGUA